UGAGCCUUCAAACUGUCUUCCUCACGCUCUUAGUUUGUUUUCAAAUUUCCUCAUUUCUCUCCCCUCAUCCGAACUCCGCUAAGAAGUCGGGCUGCUUCAAAAUCAACAACUGCAAGUGUAUCAUGAAGGAUGGGAGCGGGGUGAUAAACCUGAAUGCUAUGGGAGAUGCCGAGGGUUUCCUGGGGCAUUUGAAGCCUGUGUCAGCAGAGAACAUGCCAGUAGGUGCAGAAAUCCUCCUGUCCUUCAGCCCCUGCCAGCCCUUCUCCCAGCCAGAGGACCUGACAGGAGCCGACUGUACCAACGUGGCUGCAUGUCUCAUAGUCAGGCUCAACAGCUACAUUAGCCGCUAUAUCACUUAUGGAAGACAUGACGGGAAUGAAUUCCACUACAAUGACACCCUGAAGAUGCUGUCUGUCUCAUACUUUGUUCAUGCGGGGCAGCCGCUGACAGUAGUGCAUUACCACUGCAAUCCAAACCAGUCCACUUCUUUGAUCCGGGACCAGAAACUCCGCACUGGGGAACCCUUGCAGAUCUGGGUGGAGAGCCACUGUGCCUGUCCAAAUGCCUGUGCCAUGGGAGAUCUGGGUCUAGGCACCAUCUUCCUCAUCAUCCUCUCCCUCAGUGCAGCUGCAUACUUCAUCCUUGGGUCCUGUGCUCUCAGGCCUUUUCAGAGCAGCAGUGGAGUCCAGAUCUCUCCAGAGCACAGUGUGUGGUGUAUGAUCUGCUACCUCUGUACUGAGAGUAGGCCUGCAAGAAGACACUACACAGAGACAGCACACUGAAUGAUAAGCAGCUGCCCGUCCCUGGGGCACUGCAAGGUGUCUCAACGUGUCCCAGGUUCUGACCUGAAGGUGUCAUCAUGUCCCAUGGGGGGGGGGGGCCAAGAGUCAGCAUGGUUUUGUUUUUGCAAUUUGCUCAAAGGGACGGGCUUGCGCUCUAUAAACUUGUACACUGCAUUGUGUGGACUUAAUCAGUACAUGAUACAUUUCUUUUGGUUAGGUUGUUUUGCUUAAAAUCCCAUGUUUUGUGUAUAUUCAAUACAUUUUGAAA